UACGUUCCUUAUUUCCGUGGAGAAAGAGAUUUUUAGACUGAGGGACAGCGGGGCCAACUGCCUCAUAGCCCUGCAGGUCUUCAGGUCUGUGGUUGCAUAAGAGAAGGAAAGACCUGCAGGAGCAGUGCAGGACAGGCAAAGGAGGGGACAUCUCAACAUGGAAAAACUCUACAAGGAAAAUGAAGGAAAGCUGGAAAUCGAGGGAAAGCCAGAAGAAGAAGUAGAUACAGAAGAUGAGGGAAAGUCAAAUGAGGAAGAAAAGCCAGAAGUGGAGGGGAAGCCAGAGCAUGAGGAAAAGCUCCAAGACCAAGGACAGCUAGAUGACGCGGGGAAACAAGGAAAGCAGAGCAAGUCCCAAGGUGAGGGGAAAGCACGCAGUGAGGGCAAGCCAGAACCCCAGGCCAAGCCAGAGAGCCAGCUGCGAGCUGCCGAAAAACGCCCGGCUGAAGAGUAUGUGCCCCGGAAAGCUAAGCAAAAAACGGACAGGUGGACGGAUGAUUCCCUCAAGGACUAUCAGGAGGACUUACAGAAAAGGCAUUUGGGCAUUGAGGAGAGGAUGAGAGAAUGUGGAGAUGUGUCAAGGGCUCAGGAAGAGCUAAGGAAAAGACAGAAAACGGGUAGUUUUCACUGGAUGCAAAGAGAUGUACAGGAUCCAUUCUUCCCAAGGGGCCAGCGGGGUGUCAGGGGAGUGAGGGGUGGAGGUAGGGGCCACAAAGACUUUGAAGACAGUCCAUAUAUUUAAUGUCUUUGGCCUUUAAAUCAAUUUAUCUGAUGGGAAUAUUGCCAACCCUGCUUUCCCUGGCAGGCGUUUGCCAGGCAAUGUGCUUUAACUUCAUGCUGAUACUUUACAUUAGGCAUCACCCUUGUUACCAGCAGCCUUUUGCUCCAACUACACAGUACUCUCUGUUUCAGUAGGGGAUUUUCACCCAUGUGCAUGGAAUAUAUGUUCAUGGUACAUUGUAAAAAUAAUAAAUAGUUUUCAGAACUGCAUAUAUAGCAUCAGCCAUUUUUGGGGGAGAAAAAGUUACACAAUGCAUCCAUGUGUAGGAAAAAUUAUGGAACAGCGGACCAAAGGAGGAAUAAUGAUUUUCUCUGUGUGCUGACAGUGGAGGAACUUAUGCUUUUUCUCAUUUGCACUUUUCCCCCUAAAAACAUAUUACUUUGUCAUAAAAUAAAAAAUAAUAAAAAUAAAAUAUUUUUUAAAGUAGAAAAAUAUAUACCAAGCAAUCAAAAUAACUGUUCAGUGAGUUUAUGAAGGUAGUGGAGACACUUCAAAUUCCUGUUGUCAGGAUGUGAAAUUAUGUGUAAAACUCACAUUAUCUCUGAGACUCGAAGAUGGAGGAAUCAACCAGGCAGUUAUGCAUCCAUUGUGUUGUCAUCUGUGAAGUGGGAAUAAAAAUUGCCUUCAGGGCUGUGGAGAUCAGAUGAGAUACUGAGUGUAUAAGCUGUGUUGGCUGGCUCCUACCUUACUCUGCACUAGCAAGGCCAAAACCCUGUCAGAUGUUUGGAGUAGGAUGAGGAAGUUCUCAAUUUUGUCUGAGAAUAAGUCCAGACAGCUUAGAGGUGGAUGCCACUCUCUUCUGGGACAUACCAUAUCUGUUGGGCACUCUGCCUCUUCUCAUGGGCCCUGCACCCUCCUAAGGGCCCCACGGCUCCUGAUAGGCUGGAGUCCCCAAGGUAACAAAGCCCUUUUGAUUUCCCUGGAGUCCCUGGUGAGUUGAAUCCCCACUAUAUUCCCUACUGAACUGUGAAGAAGGUCCCUCUUCUCAUGUUAUAAUUGUAUUAAUCCUGACAUGAAAUGUGAAAAAAUACAUUGUAAAAUCGUUAUUAAUAUAUUUUAGGCAUGAUAAUUACCCCACUAGACUUGCACUUCUCAAAGUAAAGAAAUCUUACUCAUCUUGGUAGCCACAAUACAUAAUGGAAGCUAAAAAAUCAAUACAUUAAUUAUGGACUUAGAAGGUCUCAAUUCUUGGCCCAGUUAUUGGCCUGAUUAAAUACAUAGCCUUAAGCAUGUAAUUUCAUUCUUUAGUAACUGAAAUUUGCUACUCCGAAAGGAGCACAGCAGGAGAGCACAUUGAUUACAAGAUACAAUGAUUUUUAACAUUGGGUAUAGAAGUGUUUCUCAAAAUUUUCUAGCUACUAGCAGGUUACCUGCACCCAAAUCUAUCUUAAAAAUGCAGAAUCCUGGCUCCCACCUCAGUUUCAAUGCAUCAAAUCUCUUUUGACCUGUCCUCACAAUGUCUCUGUGUGUUCAGAUACAGUGAAAAGGAAAAGAAGAAAUUUUUUUGUGUGAUGGGAACUCUUAGGAUUUAUUCUCUUAACAUUAUGUAUGUUUUAGCUCAUUUUACUUUUUAUCAAAUGGAUACAUGUACAAAAUUCUAAAAUCCAAUAGUGCAAAAUAAUUUAUUAUUAAAAACUCUGGUCUGCCUUGCCAUUCCACAUUCCCUCUCCAGAGACAACUACCAUAAUGUUUUGGAUUACUUCUUAUAGUUGCCUCUGUAUUUCUGAAUCAUAUGAUUAGGCUGCUUUUCUUUGUUAAACGGCUUCAUCAUCGAAGUGUAAUUUACAUACCACAAAAUUGACACUCAAAAUUGUGCACACUUAAGGCAUACAAUUCAGUGUUUUGGGUGGUUUUCUUUAGUAUAUUAACAGAGUUCUGAAACCAUCACAAUUAUCUAGUUUUAGGGUAUUUUCAUCACCCUAAAAAGAGCCCCAUGUCCAUUAGCACCUACUGCAUUCCCUCUCCCCACCAGCAUCUGGCAAACACUGAUCUAUUUUCUGUCUCUAUAGAUUUGCUUAUUCUAGACAUUUCAUAUGAAAGG